AUGCGUCUCUCUCUCGUCUUCGCUGCCCUCUUACCCCUCAUCGCCCUCGCCGUCCCCGCCGCGCACUCCCGCUCCUCCGCAUACGAGAAGGACCUCUUAGCCGACGGCAUCGAUGCCAAUUACGGUCAAAAUGCCGGCGCAUACGCCGACAACUUCCAUCCCGCGUACGACCGCCGCGACAAAGGGUACACCGACAAGACCGUUUCCAAGUACGAACGCCGCGACGAAGGGUACACUGACAAGACCGUUUCCAAGUACGAACGCCGCGACGAAGAGUACGCCGACGCGUCCGACCACACACACGACCGCCGCAGCAAUGUGUAG